AUGUGGACUUUUUUGGAGAGACCCGGGUCUUCUAUGCAGGCAAAGGUCUUUGAAUUAUCUUCAACAAUGUUUGUAAUGAUAUCGGUUCUUGGUUUAAGUUUUGGUACAAUACCUGAUUUUCAGGUAAUCGAAUACGUUUCUUCUGGAAACCAGACAAUUAUGCUUCCAAACGGAACAGAAAUAAUUCAAGAAGAUAUAGAACCAAUAAGAAUCGAACAUCCAAUAUUUGUAUUUACCGAGCGUGUUUGUAUAGCCUUCUUUACAAUAGAAUAUUUAUUGAGGCUUUUUGCUGCACCGAGAAAAUUGAGAUUUGUUUUGAAACCUCUCAAUUUGGUUGACUUGCUCGCAAUUAUGCCCUUUUAUUUAGAACUUAUGUUGACUUUAAUGGGGGUAGAUGAUAAAAAGUUGAGAGAUUUGCGUUGGGCUUUUUUGGUUGUCCGUAUUUUGAGGGUAUUAAGGGUUAUUAGAAUAAUUAAACUUGGACGGUUCUCUUCUGGUUUACAAACUUUUGGAAUGACUUUACAAAGGAGUCAAAAACAAUUGCAAAUGAUGACUAUUGUAUUGUUAACUGGGGUUGUCUUUUUCUCAACUAUGAUAUACUUUCUUGAGAAAGACGAGAAAGGUUCACCCUUCACCAGCAUUCCAGCUGCUUAUUGGUGA